GGAACCAUUUCGCCAUGGACGACGAGGCCAAACCGCCACCACCGAAUCACGACGAUCCGAUGACCGAGGACGACGGCGACUCAUCCGCCACCGUCCUCGAUCUCACCAGCUGCCAACUCCACGACCUCAACUCGGUCGAGCUACCGCCGAGUCUCACCGAGCUAGACCUCACCGCCAACCGCCUCUCCUCCUUGGACACUCGCAUUGCCGCCCUCUCCAACCUCACCAAGCUCUCCUUCCGCCAGAACCUCUUCGAAGACUCCGCCGUCGAGCCGAUCUCCGCCUGGACCGCGCUCUCAGGCCUCGAGGAAUUGGUGCUCAGAGAUAAUAAGCUGAGGAAGAUUCCGGAUGCGAGUAUCUUCAAGAAGCUUCUGGUUUUCGACGUCUCGUUUAAUGAGAUUACAUCGCUGCAGGGCAUGUCCAAGGUCUCCGGCGGCCUCAAGGAGCUUUACGUGUCGAAAAAUGAAGUUACGAAGAUCGAGGAAAUCGAUCAUCUCCAUGAGCUUCAGAUUCUCGAGCUCGGUUCGAAUCGGCUGAGGGUGAUGCAGAGUCUGGAGAAUAUGACAAAGUUGCAAGAGCUAUGGCUUGGACGGAAUCGUAUCAAGGUUGUUAAUUUAUGUGGGCUGAAAUGUAUUAAGAAGAUUAGCUUGCAAAGCAAUCGGUUAACUUCCAUGACUGGAUUUGAGGGUUGUGUUGCACUGGAGGAACUGUACUUGAGCCAUAAUGGUAUUUCCAAAAUGGAGGGCCUCUCAACGUUGGUUAACCUGCGCGUCUUGGAUGUAUCUAAUAACAAGAUAACAUCAGUGAAUGAUAUCAAAAACCUGACAAUGUUAGAAGAUCUGUGGCUUAAUGACAACCAGAUAGAGUCAAUUGAAGGCAUGGCUGAGGCUGUUAUUGGCUCAAGAGAGAAGCUGGCUACUAUAUAUCUCGAAAAAAAUCCAUGUGCAAAAUCUCCAAACUAUGCUGCUGCAUUGAGACAAACCUUCCCGAACAUACAGCAGAUUGAUUCUCAUAUAUUUGCUUAAAAGUUAUGGUGGCUUUAGUUUUGUCAACAUGACUUCUAUGAAGGCCGUAAAAAUCCAUAGCUGUGAUACAGGCUAAUGUCCAGGGUUCCCACUUCAUAUGGACUAAUUUGAUGGAUGAGGAUUCCUGACUUUUCAUGUUAUUUAGACCACCCCUCUAGUUGUGUAGUCUUAUUAUACUCAUUUUCCAUUCUUACUAAGGUGAUGUUGAGAUUUUCAUCCUUCCUAUAUAUGGAUUGUAUUAUCUUUCAAUUGUGAGAGUAUCACUUCUUCCCAUCUACCCUUCUUCUCUUGAAACUGUAAAGAGUUUGCCAUUACAAUCGAUUUGUAUUACAGGCUGUUGAAUAAAACAUCAAUCAUGUAGGUCUCAAAGUCUCAAACCAAUAGAUGCCCUUUUCUUUACCAGGUAGAGAAUCAAGUGGUUGAUCAAAUCUAUUGUUAUAACAGUUUCACAACUUAAAGUGUGAACAUAUAACAUACAGGAUAAAAGGAAUCACUCCGUCAUUAUACAACCAGAGAAAACAAGGCAGUACGGUAAAAACAUGAUUUGAAUGUCUAAGC